AAAAAACGCAACAAUAUCAUAAUAUUUAAUGUCGAAGAAUUUGCAACGCAAAUUCUCUAAUGCAUUGUUUUUGUCAGUUGUGAAGUGCUGGUAAACAAUGACGGCCUCAACUGGCGCUGAAUCCUGAGUCCAGAGAUGGCGGGAUGCUGUAGUCCACAAAUUCAACGGGGAGCAACCUCUCCUGGCAUCAACAGUAUACUAAACAGUGCACUGGCCAACGGGGAUUUAAGCGAUGUGCAACUCGCCGUGGGCCGUGAUUACGGACCCGUCAAGAUCUUUCCAACGCACAAAAAUAUUUUGAGCAUGCGCAGUCCGGUUUUUCGGGCCAUGUUCUAUGGCAGUUUGCCCGAAUCUUGUGAUCGUCCAAUUGAUGUUCCUGAUGUUCAUCCAGAAGCAUUCGCCAAUAUGCUCAGCUAUUUCUACAUUGACCGCGUUGAUUUGAAUCACGAGAAUGUCUUUCCAACGCAGUACUGCGCCGAUCGAUACGAUGUGCCGUUGAUGGUAGACUUGUGCUCCCAGUUUGUCUUCAAGGACCUUGAUACACGGAACUGCUUAACGUAUCUCGACAUGGCACUUAAAUGGCAUGCUGACGCCUUUAUGGAACCUUGCUUAAAACUGAUAGACGCGCACGCUGAAACUGUUCUGGGAUCGGAACCAUUUAGCUGUCUGGACAGCAAAACAAUGGAGUCAAUUCUGCAGCGCAGUACACUGCAGGCAUCGGAGAACAUUAUCUACACAGCCGUCGAGAAGUGGGCAGCAGCUGCUUGCGCCCGAAACAACGAGGAGCCAACACCUGCCAACCGGCGGCGGACGCUGGGCGAACUGCUGUUCCUCGUCCGAUUCCCGCUGAUGAGCGACCAGGAGCUGCUUGAUGGGCCGGCUGAGAGCAAUUUAUUAUCGCAAGCCGAAUUGUGGGACAUUUAUCGGUACAAGCACGCAACAGCGAAGCCGGAAAUACCGUUUUCAUGGGAGCCACGAUUAAACCCGGGAUCUGUUCCGCAACCGGGAAGUGUCGAGGUGGUGGCGAAGUCGACGGUCUGGCUGCCGUGGUAUUGGAUUAGGAAGAUCAUCGGGCCAGGCGUUUGGCUGGUUAGGAUGCUGUUAGGGAUUUCAGGCGAAGAGGUGCCGGAGCGUCGUCUGUCGGAACCUAUUACGAUCGUAUUGCGGCGUGGAGAAAACGGUCAUUUGGGGUUUUAUAUGGGUGGUGGCCGCGCAGGGCCAAAUCAGGAUGGAGAUCUGGAAGUGUUUGUGCAAAGGAUGUUAGCCGGAGCAAGCGCUGAGCGGGAUGGGCGACUGAAGCACGGUGAUCAGAUUGUCCGCGUAAACGGAGAGAGGGUACUAGCGGCCACCUUCGAAGAAGCCGCCAGUAUGUUGCACAACGCCGGAAACAUUGUGACCUUGGAAAUCAUUCGUGGCAAUCACAAACGGUGUGUUGACUGUUCAUAAUUUAUCCGCCGAUCUCAGUGACUGGC